GCAGUCAUUUUGUAUUGAAGGGCUUGCUCUUUAAACAAGGAGCAAAAUCACUGCCUAUUAAACCCCAUUAACACCUGCUAUAAAGCUCAAUCUGGAUGGAUGACGAAUUCUGAAAGUACACGGCUAAAAGCCCCCAGAGUAAAUUAACACUGGCGUUAAACUUCUUAGUGGUCCCGCUGGAUCUGAAGCGUAUUAAUUUCGGUGAGCUUUAAAUUAAAGUUGAAUAUAUCCUAUCGUUUUUAAUACCGUCGAAAAACGUAAGAGACACAUUUAGAUUAAAACGCGUGCAUCUCAAAGUCUAGAAUCUUGCUGUCGCUGACUAUCGCCAGAUAGGUCCGGAGACACGCAAACGAAUGUAUAAUUAAUCGUAGAGAAGAGGGAAUCCUCACACACAUGGCUUUAAAAGACUUUUCUAUUCAGCAACUCCGCCUCCCUGGUCUCCGGCGGCAGCAACUGCGGCUUCAGCGGCAGCACACUUGUUUUAACCAUUGAGCGCAGACUGCCCUCUUCGGAAAACCUGCAUUUUUAAUUUUCACCAGCUUUCACCUCAUCCAGCCCCCCUCACUUGCACUUUUCAUUCGCACAUUCACAAUGCGAACCCAUCCUGCUGCACUGCACGGCCCAUUCACAAUUCCUUUUCUUUGCGGGAUUUUUGUAAUGUUCGCUUUCUCUCUGCAUGGUGUUCCCUCAAGCAGCCUCGCUUGCUAUUUCUCUCCCACUCCCACUGUGGACUCGGUGCAGGAGCUGGCGCACCGCUCAGGAGUGGUCGUUGAAGGGAAAGUACAGGAAGAGGGACUGGAGAACGACAUUAAUCGCGAGGAGAAAGAGCGUUUGCUUCGGGAACGAGCGAGGGCGAAAGGCAACGAAACCCAGGGGCAAGAAAUGGAAGAAAACGGCGACGCGACGGAAGAGUUGUUAUCCAACAGGACGACAGGCUUGGAGCCGUACCUGCUGAAGGUGAGGGUCCAUCAGGUCUGGGCAGUGAAAGCCGGAGGUCUGGAGAAAGAUUCCAUUAUAUCCGUCAUCUGGAAUGUAGGAGAAUACUGUCUCACGCUGAAGAAAGACAGCAGGUAUAUUUUCUUUAUGGAGCCUACAAAUGACACCUCUGUGUUUAAAGCAGCUUUUCCACCCGUCGAGACCGGACGGAACGUGAAAAAAGAUAUCAACAAGGUUCUUUGUGGAGGAUGGGCUCCCCCGAAGCUGAAGGAUGUGAAGAGUAUGCAAGUGGAAGAAGGCAGGACAGCGUUUCUGAAGUGCGAAGCCAGAGCGGGGAACCCAGCUCCCGACUUCAAGUGGUACAAAGACGGCAAAGUGCUGUCUGGGAAAAACAAGCCCAAAGGCAUUCGCAUCAAAAAAAUGAAAAAUAAGAAGGGCUCUGAAAUCCGGAUAAACAAAGCUGCGGAAUCACAUAGCGGGUCAUACAGGUGUGAAGCCAUCAAUCAGCAUGGAACAGACAGUUCUACUGGCAACCUCACAGUCAUCAAAGGGUCAACCAGCACCCCUCCAGCAGGAAAAACCAGCCAUGUCACCCCCUGUAGUGACAGUAAGAAGAAUUACUGUGUGAACGGAGGAGAGUGCUACACCCUUGAUGCCAUUCCUGGCAAUACUAAGUACUUGUGCAGGUGCCCAAAUGAAUUUACUGGUGAUCGCUGCCAAAACUACGUAAUGCCCAACUUUUACAAGCAUCUUGGGAUUGGAUUUAUGGAAGCAGAGGAGCUGUACCAGAAACGUAUCUUAACAAUAACAGGCAUCUGCAUCGCCCUGCUAGUAGUUGGCAUCAUGUGUGUUGUUGCCUACUGCAAAACCAAAAAGCAAAGGAAAAUGCUUCACGAUCGCCUGAGACAAAGCCUGCGGUCUGAGCGCAACAACAUGGCCAGCCUGGGCAAUGGACCUCAGAACUCAAAUCCACCCACCGAAAACCUUCAGCUUGUAAAUCAGUACACAUCGAAAAACGCCAUUCCUACAGAGCUUGUAACUGAAAAGGAAACUGAAACGUCUUUCUCCACAAGCCAGUAUACUUCAACAACGCAUCACUCUGCUACAGUUACUCGUAUAUCCAGUCAGAAUUGGAGUAAUGGGCCCAGUGAAAGCCUUAUAUCAGAAAGCCAGUCAGUUGUGGUGACGUCUUCAGUGGAAACCAGUAGAAACACCACUCCAUUAGGUCAUCGGGGGCGUUUAAAUGCCACCAGAAGUGCCCGAGACCUGAACGCCUACAUAAAGAGUUCCAGAGACACUCCUGACUCCUAUAAGGAUUCACCUCACAGUGAGAGGUAUGUUUCCGCUAUGACAACCCCAAACCGCAUGUCUCCAGUUGACUUGCACAAUCCGACUUCCCCCAAAUCCCCACCGUCAGAGGUGUCCCAGCCAAUGUCCAGCCUGGCCACGUCCGUUCCCUCUGUGGCCAUCAGCCCACUGGGUGAAGAGGAGCGCCCUCUGCUGCUGGUGACACCCCCACGCAUGCGGGACAAACACCAGGAGCACCCCAGCAGCCAAUACCAGCGAAACUCCGCCCACUACAACCACGCCCACGAGGCCCACAGCCCACCCCCCAGCCCGCUGAGGAUAGUGGAAGACGAUGAGUACGAGACCACCCCAGAGUAUGAGCCAGCCGCGCCGCAGCCCACAAAGAAACUGGCCAACGGCCGGAGGGCAAAAAGAACAAAGCUCAAUGGCCACGUUCCUCACAAGCUGGAGUCUGACAGCGACACGAGCUCGGAGAGUAGCAGCUCGGAGAGCGAAACGGAAGAUGAGAGAGUUGGGGAAGACACACCUUUCCUCAGCAUACAGAACCCCUUAGCGGGAGAUCUGGAGCUGGGCCCUGCGUUGAGGCCAGCUGACGGGAGCAGGACUAACACGAACCACAAGCUUGCCGCCCAGGAGGAUCUGCAAGUCAGGCUGUCCAGUGUAAUAGCUAAUCAAGAUCCAAUUGCUGUAUAAGAUGAAAUUAACAAUAAUGCAUAGAUUCACCAGUAAACUUUUAUUUUAUAUAAAUGAAGUAUUCCAGGAAAAAAAAAGAUAAAAGAAAAAAAAUACUUUAAAUUAUUUUAGCAGUAGUGAUAAAAAGUCUUUUAUAAAUUAAAUAUACGUAUGUAAAUGUUUGAGUUUUGAAUGAAUGUGCCAUACAGUAUGUAGCAAAACUUACAGUAUUUAAAUGGAGAGAAAUAUCAAUGGUGCCUUUAUGUUCUGUUCUCUUUGAAGUAUAUUGCGUAAAGACACUGUUCCAAAGUAUUUCCACAAAAGCACUGUAGUUAGGUAAAGUCCUCUGGCUAGUUGCUUUUUGUCCCACACAUCCAUUGGUUCCUAAGUAAUGCAUUAUGGGGAUUAAUUAUCGUAACACUACUAAUAAUGAUUAAACCUUCUAAGCAUAAUUUGUCUUUUUCUGUAUCGCCAAAUACAUUAAAAAUGUUGGCUAUCAGAUCCUAUGUUGCACUUUUGUGUCCUUAAACCUCCAUUUAAAAUGUUUUAUUAUAAUUUGUUGUUCUGUUUAGCUGUAGUCAUAUUAGAGAUCUGUAGGUGAAGUUAUUUCUGUGCAAACAUAAAAAUAUUUAGGUUUUUGUUUUGUUUUAUGUCCGUUCUCCUAAUGAAGGCCCAGUAUAGAAAUACCUGCUCUGAAAGAGUCAACAGUAUACAGUAUAUGAUACAUAAUAGUUUAUGUAUGAUACAACAGGAUCAUAAAGAAACUGAUCUAUAAUUUCUGGUUCUGGAUCUUCACUAAUGUAGAUCAUACAUUGAGGGGUAAAAUAAUACUUGGAAAUUUAAUUUUUAAGUCUAAAUGUAAGCUUUAGGCAAAGUUAAAUUAAAUUGGUACUGAUUUUUAGUCAAAAAUUAAAACAUGAUAUACAAUUACAAUUAAUGUGAUACAUUUGACUUAUCUUUCUUAUUUAAAAUAUUAAAGGAAAAUUAAAGGAAGCUUAAUGUAGUACUACUACAGUGAAAUUAUUGAAGUGGAGCUGUCAGGAGAUCUGUUAUUUAUGAUAAUAAAAUAUAUAGUGUUUGCCAACUAAAAUAAUUGCAUAAUUUGUUAUUGCGGGAACACAUUUAAUUUCUAAUAUUACAGUACCUUAUUUUCCAUUUUAGAAGUGGAAAUGUAAAGAGAAGAAUAAAAUGCAUCUUAUUAAGUUGACUCAGAUGUUCAGUUCAAGUGUACUUGAACUGAAAUAGCAGAGAUCUUGUUCAAUUUCAUGACAAUAACAUAAUAUGAUAUUUUGUGGUGAAGUACUAUUUGAAGUUAAAUUUUGCCUAACAAUGUUAACAAAAAUACUAUGAGGGGAUUCGUGAAGAGUUCAAAGUUUCAUUUUAUAAUUCUGUCCAAGUUAUGAUUGGUUUUAAAAAGUAAAGGGAUUCCCCAUAAUACCUUGCUUUCAACCAAUAAUGUGUUCAUAUUGUGUAAAUAUACCACUAAAUACAUAGACCUCUUUGCAUUUCCUGGCAUAUUAAACACAGUGACUUGUUUGUAUUUAUCAUAAAACAAUAUUGUAAUUAGACCACUUUUCUCCUUUCUCUUAAUUAUGUCUUACAUAACCCCAGUGGGAACAUACGCAUAGUAAAUCGUUUUUUUUUCUGCUUUGUUUAGUUUUGGUAAAGGUGCAAUAGUUGAAAACUAUUCCAUCAGUUCAGGUUCACUUCCUUUAAUUGAGCAUGAUUGUGGAAGGUUGAAGUCUACAAAUAAUGCACUGCCCAAUUAUGUAGUUGUUAUGCAACAUUGCUACUAACAUGCUUCCAUAGCAAGCCAUUAUAAAAUGCAACUUACUGUAACUGAGUCAAGGCCUACAAUAAAUGCAGGGAAAGCAUUUUAACUAACAACACAAAAAAGCACUAUCGCAUCUUCAAGCACGUACAUUAUGAGGCCUACAGCAUGCAUGUGUUGCACUGUAUGUGAAUGUGCAUGAGAGAUGUUUGAUGACAAACCAGGAAUCCACAAUUCAUAAAGUAAAAGCAGGGUUAUUGCACCUUUUUCCUGUCUUAUUUUAAAGCACCCAAUUUUAGAAAAAAUCAUUUUCAUUCCACAUUGUCAAACACAUUCGGUAGCAAAUCAAAUCUACUUGUUAUACCUACAUUGUCCCAUAUGUGUAUUUUUAAUAAUGUGUAUUGCGCAUUGUUUCUCAGAGUCAAACAGAGCUGAAGAUCUUUAAAUCUUUAAGGACCUUUGAGAUGAGAACAUUGCAGUACAACUUAAGGAGGGUAUGCACUGAGUUGUGCCUUUGGGUCUUUCAGCUCUGUACAUCUUCCCACAGGGAAGACCAUUGAACUUUCACUACAAACGUCACUCUCGCUUAAAGCAAUUAACAAAAUCACCUUCAGUCCUGUUGCAACUUAUUGAGAAUGGAAAAGCAGAGCAACAGAGUGUGUUUUUUAUACCAUGCAAAUGAUUUAAUACCUUUUCAAAAAUAUCCCUGACUUAUGACCAAUCUAACCAAGAGUAUGUACUUAAAUGCAUACAAAUAUGUUCACCUAUGAUAACCCUAUUUUUUUUCCUAUUGGCAUAAAAGCCAAUAGAGUUUAAAAUAAACUAAAGUUUGGCUCGGGCUUAUUUAACAAAGCAUGACAAAGUUCCAGAAUCAGUAUAAAUCCCGUGUGAUUUCUGCUAUAGAUCCAUUCAUCCCAACAUGUGUAACAUACAGUAGUAAAAGGUCUGUAAGAACCUUUGCCCUUAAUCGCUCAAUGAGCAUGCCCCCAUUUAAGACCAGUUAUCAGACUCAUCAUUUGACUCUAAACUUCCAACAUACAAAUUAGCAGAUUUAGGAUGAAGAUUGAUUAAUAACAUUCUAAUGAAAUCUACAAAGACUUUGGCCCUUUACUUUCAACCAUAAAUCCUGUUGUUUGAUUGUAGUAUUUUCUUGUUUUGUUUGUUUGUUUGUUUAUCUACUGCUGGAAGAUUUUUAUUUUAUUUUGAAACCUAUUCCAAAAUUGCAAUUUGUCAUGGCAGAGUACAGUGUUAAAUGUUGUUUUGAAAUAGACAAAGGACGCUGCUUUGGAUAGACUUGCAAAGCCUACCAAAUUCAUGAUAUCUCUCAUAUCUAACAGAAUUUCAAUAAGAGACUAGAAUAAAAUUGUGUUUUCUAAAGUGAAUCUAUGAUAUAGAGACACACUGUUUUAUUCUAGGCAGAGUACUUGUAAAGAAAUCAGCAAAUCUUAUUAUUAAUAUUGGAAUUACUAUAAUCAUACAGUUUAUAUUAAAUGGUUACAUUAACAUGAGAAUAGUUGUACAGGAUUAAGAAACUGCAUUCAUGAUUAACUGUUAAUGCAGUUAAGUGUUUUGGUCACCUUAAAAUACUGGUGUAAAUUAUAUUAGCAGAUGCAAGACGUUCUAUCAUAAGUUUUCUACAUAUACCUUCUGUAACAAAAUAUCUGGGUUUUUUCAACAUAAUUAAAAUCACAUUGGGUUGUGUUUAGACAGUAAUUCCACUGAGAGAUUACUGUACUGUACAUGUCAAAUCCUUAAAUAAGUGGUUAACGUCAGUGUAAUUCUACACAAGAUCUUGGAGUAACCUAGUAAGAUUCUAUGGUGAUGUAAAGAAAUCCUUGUGGCGUGUUCUGUAAUCACUUUGUUCUCUACAUUCCUUGGAACCUUGUGAGUAUGGAACAUGGCCUGCUGUGUGUCUUAAUUAUGCACUGAAAACAACAAUGGUGCAAGUGGUCUUUUCAUCCGAGGGUAAAAUGAUGAUUUGUGUUCAGCAGGGGAGGUGAUUGUUUAAUUAGUUUUCUGAAACCUGAUUAUGAUGGUUUCCAAUAUAAAAUUAACUGUGCACAUUCUUUACAAAACAGUUGUUGUUGAAUCUGGCUCUGUACUAAUUCUGCUAUAAAAAACGAUAAAACUCCAAAAAAAGAAAAAAACACAAACCAAGUACAGUACAGUUACUAACAGCAGAAUUAAAGUAUGCACAGUGCUGAUCUUGUGUAGAUUACCUUAGGUGAAUUGAUGGUAGCACAGUUUAGCAGAGUGGAAAUGCUAUGUGGAUUACCUUCCAUGCUCACAUUCUGUAUUCACAUUCACAUACAGUAGUUAAUUGCCUGGCUAUGUAUAAUUUAAUCCUCUUUGUAUAUUUCAAUUCAAAACCUAGACUGACACACAUGUAGAUAUAUGCAAAUUUUCCUUUUACAAUCCUGCCAUAGAUAAUAGAUUGUUUUAUUUUUUUCUUAUUAAUUUAUAUAUUGCUAAAAUGGCACCCCUACAAAUUCACAGUAACAUUGUAAAUGCUAGUUGUAUUUAUAGAAAUGUUUAACCAAAACAAUUUUUAUGCUGUAUAAACAAAGUGUUUGUUUUUUUUUUCUUUUAAAUAUUCAUCCACAUAUUACUUUUUAAUAAUUUAUUGUUGAGAAUAAAGAAUGUAUCUAUGUAACAUUGUAUAAAAAUGUUGGAAGAAGUUUUUUGCCACUUAAAAAUGGGAAACUCAGCAAUAUCUUAUUAUUUAUUUAUUACAGUUGCAAUUUUUUAAGAAGUUAAAUUUUAUACCCUUUUCUUGUUCAUUAAAUUGUAUUAUGGCAUCCAUGGUAUUGUUUUUCUUCAACUGUUAAAAACUAUAGUAUUGACAUUACUAAAUUUAUUUUGUGUAUGUGUAGGCUUAAAUGAAUAGUACACAUUUUCUGUGCUAUUAACAUUAAUUCUUUACAGUUUCAAAGUAAUAUAAGUAACAGUAGUUUUUGCUGGUUCAUAAAUAUAAACUCUUGUGUCUUAUGAACGUAGAAAAUUUGCAAUAAAAUUCCUGCAA